AUGGAUACGUCGACAGUAAAGGUUACUCCAGGAUUUGCAGCGACGUGGCCGGCAAAGCAUGGUGAUAUUCCAAACGCCUACGUCAAAGCUGACAAGGAAAAUGACCUUGAGAUCCUGCUUCAUGUGUCAAGUGGUAUGGACAUCAAUGAUGAGCUACAAAAGAAACUUGGUGCGACCAACGCAAACAAAGUAGCGCUCGAUCUUAAGAAGAGCCUGUAUGGACUGAAGCAGGCGGGACGAUUAUGGAAUCAACUACUACACGCAAGUCUCUCAGACGCUGGUUUCACGCAGUGUAUUAGUGACAUAUGCCUGUACUUCAAGCGCAACGAAAAAGACUUGACAGCGGCUGGCGUAUACGUCAACAUUUCUCUUGUUACAGCAACAGGAGCUGCAGCGGUUGAGCGGGGUUUCAUUUCAAUUGCUUUGCUUUCGAAUAAAAAUCUCGGAUCAGUGUCGAAGUUUCUCGGUACAAGAGUGAUGGCACGCGACGUGCACACAUAUGCUCCCGAUUAG